CAGUCGAUUGGAGAUGCAUUCGCUGCUUGUUUGUGUUUCAGCGCUUUGCUUUUGUCAGCUCUUCGAAGGGGCAAUUGGAAGUGGAAGUGGAAGAGGAACCCUCUGCAAGGAUUGUCGGGUGAAUGUGAUAAAUCCUGCUGCAGGAAUACCCCCGCCGGAGUUGCCCAAAAAUCAUAAAAUAGUUCGCAUCAUCAACGAAUACAAGCGUAUCAGCAGGGAGGAGUUAGAAUAUCGAAAUGAGAUCCGAAGGCUUAGACUGCAAUCCAAGGAGUUCAGCUUCAUAGCCAAGCUAAAGGUGGGAAAGGCCAUACGAUGCAGUGCAGCCCUGGUGGCUCCCAGUGUGGUCAUCACCUCGAGCACUUGCUUUUUAAAAGAAGCACCAAGUCAAACAGAGAUUAUUCUGCAAGGCGGCAGAGCUUUCAAAGUGGAUAGUGUAGUGAAACCCGAUUGGUGUCCUGAGCUUAGCCUGCUCCAUUUGAAGAGCCCUUCGGAAAACCAACCAAUUAACCCUUGCCAUGGGGACCUUCCCUUGGGCAUUAAUGCCUCCAUGGUAAUGGCCAGUCCUGACCUCAGUUUUUACGCCCGUCGGAGAACUCAAAUAAUCUCAAACCGGGCCUGCAAAACCACUUUUUUGGAAGAUGAUUCGGUUUUCGUAACUCCCAAUAUGAUGUGUGCCUUGAACUCGCCAAAACCCGAGAAAUGCGCCACUUCCCCGGGAGACUCCUUACUCAUAGACCACCAAUUGUGUGGCCUGAAUAUCUAUGGAUUCCGUUGUUUUGUCAAUACAACCAAUGGUGAUCUGUACAUAAACCUUGCUAAGCUGCAGCCCAUGCUCAGCGAUUUGAUACGGCAACUUAAUGGUUAAAGUGUGGAAAUU